UUUAAAGCGCGCAGCUGAUUCAGUGUGCGCGUCACACCCGCCGCUGGCGCUUCUAUUUAGUUUGUAUUCUGCCCAAAUACAACUCUACGCCGAAAGACAUGGCGUCCGUCACUUUAGGACAGCACCCCGCUCAACACCACCUCGACUCGGAUCAGCAACUAUUCCACAAACUGAAGUCGAGCGACAGGAAGAAAUUCACGCGUAAAUGGUCGCUAGACAAGAUAAUCACGCGAAACAGAGCGAGUGAUAUGGACAGCGGGAGAGCCGCAGUCUCAGCAUCGCUAGCGUUAUUCCAGGAGCCACCUUCAGCAUCACACAGCCGAGGCGGCACGUCACGUACUAACAUGGACGGACCGACUGUUGACAUGGACCGAGAGAACGCGAACAAUAAUAACGGGAUAUUUCGCAGACACAGUGCCGGGAGCCGGAGAAGCUCGGUGAAGGACACGGCAAAGAUCCAUUCGUCUUCAUCCCCGCAAGAAGUUCGUAGUAAUCUCUCGGCGCGGUCAAACUUCAGCUCGACAGACGAACUGGAAGGACUGGCGAUCGACAAGCUGACACGGGCAAAGUCGGGAGUAGUUAAGAUGCGAAGCGAGCCUCUCAGGAGGGAGGCUUGGUCCAUCUUCAACCAGAGAGACCCCAGGGUGAAGGCAGAGAGGGGAGAGGGACACUUCUUCAUCUCCAGACGCCUGAGCCAAGACUGGUGCGACGCCUGCAACCGCCAGAUCAGCAGCACUGCGCUCAAGUGUCAAAACUGCAGCUACACAUGUCAUUUGGAGUGUCAGGGGCUUGUUCAGCUGGACUGCAACCAACUAGAUCAGCCGACGGAGGAUGCGUCUACCCCCACUCCACAGAGGUCCUGCGCCAAAGACCCUCAGGAGACGAGUGUCACAAAAGAGGAAGAGGAAGAAAAGCCAACAUCCCUCACAGAAGAAGAGAUUAAAGCUAAAAUAGAUGACUACAACUCCAAAGUGACGGAGAAUGGAAUGAAAUUAGGCUCAGAUGGCACAUACACUGGUUUCAUAAAGGUUCACUUGAAGUUGCGCAGGCCCGUGACUGUAUUUUCUGUGGAUGGGAAGUCGCCAGGACCCUGUUCCUCUUCUGAUAGUUCAGAUGAACGCACAUCCUUUUACUUGCCCAACGAUGCCGUUAAACAGCUACACAUUAGCAGUACCACCACGGUCAGCGAGGUCAUUCAGGGCCUGCUGAAGAAGUUCAUGGUACAGGAUAACCCACGCAAGUUUGCCCUCUACAGCCUGACCCGUCGAGACAGCCAGGAUCUUUUCCAGAAGUUGCCGUUAUCAGAUUGCCCGCUCUACUUGAGGCUGUUAGCAGGUCCGGAUCUAGAGAACUUGUCUUUUGUACUCAAAGAAAAUGAGACUGGCGAGGUGGAGUGGCAUGCAUUUUCAGUCCCCGAGCUGCAGAACUUCCUGAUCAUCCUGGAGAAGGAGGAGAAGGAGCGCAUGCGGCAGGUGGAGCAGCGUUACGCUGCCUACAGGGAGAAGUUGCUACGGGCUCUGGGCCACGUCAAGAGCAAACCGGGCUAAUGUAGGACAACACAUCUCCUUCACCCCACUGAGCCAUCCCUGGGCCAGCCUGGAGAACCAGUAGCCCAACAGACGAACUCAAAACCUCCACUCAGGACUUUGUACAAGCUCUCAGCAUGCUUCUGUGACCUUUAACCC